UUCUUGUGGGGGCGGGUACUAUUUGUCCUUGUGAUACAGAGUGCGUCACCUACGCACACUUACACACUGUAUUUUCUCUCAGCCCACAGGACAAUCAACAACGAAUUCAAUGAAGUAAAAAGUUGCUUGAAGUAAAACGAGGAGGCGACAAUCGAGAGUUAAGAGAGAGAGAGAGAGAGCGACUCCGGCUCUGGUUCUCUGGCUUGGCUGUCAAUCAAAUCUCAUGUACAGAAGAUCUGCUCCAUGUUUCUCUCAUGAUUUCUGGCCUGCCGGCACAGCAGCACUUUCGUAAAUAAUUGUCUGUGGUGCAGACAUAUCCUUAUCCUUGUGUUUGGUUCCAAAGAAUACAGAGGAAAAGAAAAGAAUAGGAAAAUUCACCUCUAUAUUGUUAAAACUAAAAGGUAAUUCAAUUGUUGAUUGGCAACAGUUGAAUUGUGGCUUACCUAUACGUUGGUUCCAGAUUCUGGCAAACAAGGACAAGAACUGUUCUUGGCUGAAGUCAAUUUAGAAUGGAAGGUAGUAUAUUUACAGGCAUCGGAAAUGGAACCCAACUAGACACCAAGGUUGUGCAGACAUUUCAGAAGAGCUUUGUGCAAGUGCAAGAUAUUUUGGAUCAGAACAGAUUGCUAAUUAAUGAGAUUAACCAAAACCAUGAGUCCAAGAUCCCUGAUAACCUCAGCCGGAAUGUUGGCUUAAUUAGAGAGCUUAACAGCAACAUUAGAAGGGUCGUAGAUCUCUAUGGUGACCUCUCCAGCUCUUUUUCCAGGUCAAUGGAAGCUUCAUCAGAAGCUGAAUCAGGUGGGACUUUGAAAUCUGAUGGAAAAUCUAGCGAGAAGAGAAUUAGAUCCGGGUAAUUGUUCAAAAAUUGGCUUUGUUAUAGUUAUAGAUUCUGCACUCUUCAUUACUGAAUAAGAAAAAGUUUGUACUACCAGAGGGAAGAACUUGAUGAGCUCGUGUUACUCUUCUGUAUCAAUUAUAUCUAUUUGAGGCUCUGUGCAACAGAUUCACUGCCACAAACUUUCAUGAAAUCUCUCUAUAAAAAUUUAGCGCUGUAGUUUUCAGUUUCAA